AUGAUGUUCUUCCAUAUUAUCUUCCAGAAACGGUUUUGGUUCAUGUACAAAAAGAUGGUAGAAAAAAAAGUGACACAAGGUUUCAUCAUUGAUGAGGAUCCACAGUCAGAGAGAAACCAAAGUAUUUUUACAAAAGUGACAGAAGUAUUGAAAAAAGAGCAUGGAGGAGAAAACUGCCAAUGGACUGACUUACAAAUGGAAGCUCAGUUCUAUCAGUACUUCAAAACAACUAAAGAAAGAGAGCAGAGGAUAAGAAAAGGGAAAAAUGAAGAGCAUAAAGAAAAGUGCAAAAGGAGCAGGCGUUUGCUAAAUAAACUGGAAAGGCGUCAGUCAUCCUAUGAGGUGAUACAAGCUUCUAUGACACCAAAAGAAAAACAGUAUUAUAGCGAAAUCCUUCACAUUGAUUACAUGAGCAGCGAAGAAUCAGAUUAUGAGGAGCAAGAAGAUUUCAUUACUGGUGAAAAAGAAAAGAAACUUGCAAGAUAUGUAACCAAGAAGCUAUCGUGGGAAAGAACGAGCUUGACAAAUGCAAAAGCCAGGCUAGACAGAACCUACAAAAAUAAUUUGACCCCCCAUGCCAAGGCAAUGGCUAAGCCAAGGAAUGUUGGUGGCAUGUCAGAGAGGCCUGCACCUGCUGGCCCACUUUGGGCUGUCAGACAGAUAAACAAUGAGUCAUGAUUGAAAAAAUAC